AGUGACUUGUAAAAAGACACAUUGACACAUACGAUAUACAUUACUUACAAUGCAAAUUGAUUAGUUUGUGAAAUUUGUUUUGAUUGAUUCAUUAAAAUUUACUGAAAAUGCCUGACUUUGAGCCAUUAGAUCCUACCUUGAAUAAUGUUAUUCAACAAACAACCCUGAAAUGGAUAUUUGUAGGUGGAAAAGGUGGGGUCGGGAAAACAACUUGCAGUUGCAGUUUAGCAGUACAACUUUCCAAAGUUCGAGAGUCCGUUUUAAUAAUUUCCACUGAUCCAGCCCAUAAUAUUUCAGAUGCUUUUGAUCAAAAAUUUACAAAAUCACCUAUCUUAGUGAAGGGUUUUAAUAAUCUAUAUGCGAUGGAAGUAGAUCCAAAUGGUGGAUUCAAUGAAUUGCCUGAAGAAUAUUUUGAUGGAGAACCAGAUGCAAUAAAGAUGAGUAAAGGAAUCAUUCAAGAAAUAAUCAGUGCAUUUCCUGGAAUUGAUGAAGAGAUGAGUUAUGCAGAGGUUAUGAAGCUAAUCAAAAAUAUGAAUUUUUCUGUUGUUGUAUUUGACACUGCUCCAACAGGACACACAUUAAGAUUACUUACUUUUCCUCAAGUUGUUGAGAAAGGAUUAGGAAAAUUAUUAAGACUCAAAAUGAAAGUUUCACCUUUUUUAACACAGUUAGGAGGUUUUUUAGGUUUAGCAGAUUUUAAUGUUGAUAAUUUCACUGGCAAAUUGGAAGAAAUGUUAUCAGUUAUCAAACAGGUGAAUGAGCAGUUUCGAAAUCCUGAUCAGACAACUUUUGUUUGUGUUUGUAUUGCUGAAUUCUUAUCACUUUAUGAAACAGAAAGGCUGGUACAGGAAUUGGCUAAAUGUAAAAUUGAUACACAUAACAUUAUCGUAAAUCAGCUUAUAUUCAGGACAGCUGAUCAAAAUCCUUGCAAGAUGUGUAACGCAAGAUUUAGGAUCCAGGAAAAAUAUUUAGAUCAGAUAAAAGAUCUUUAUGAAGACUUUCAUGUUACUAAGCUACCUCUAUUAGAGAAUGAAGUCCGAGGAGUUGAGAAAGUUUCAAGUUUCUCAGAGAAUUUGGUCCAACCAUACACUUCAGGUUGAAUGAGUUAAUAUAUCUAUUUAAAAUAUUGGUGGUAUUAUUUUUUGUUUCUGAUUGUUACUGACUUCAUUGUCAAUAAAUUUUAUUUGAAACUUUA